GUCCCGGUUUGAUAUUAAUCGGAAAAGCUUUGACCGUCGCGUUGGGGAGGUGAAAAGUUGAAUGAGCGUCCCUUUUAAGGGGGCACCACUGGAAGAACCUUUAUGGGCUCCUAAUGACAUGCAGGUGGAUGAUUUACUUAUGAUAAUUAAGGUCAACAUGGAUUUGUGGUUCUUUCUCCUUUUGCUCGGAAGUGGCCUGAUAAGUGUAGGUGCUAACAACAUUACGACAGAGCCACCCACAACAGUGCCCACCUCCCCCAGGAGUCCCACCAAAGCUCCUACAGCAGGUCCUCAGGAUGGGACUACGACGAGCGCAAACGGCCUCAACAUUAGCACUCCAGUGACUGUUUCUACCGUGGCGUCAAAGCCACCCACAACCACAGCCACCAGGAUCUCCCCCAGCACCACCGCUGUCAGCCUCAACACCUCCAUCCUGGGGACAACCCUGCCCGUGCCUCCAGCCACCUCCCUGCUACCCAGCGUGACGCCAUCUGCUCCGCGCACCGCUCUCCCCAGCACAGAAGCGGAGACGACGGAGAGGAAUUUCAGUGCGACGGUGACAACGCAAGAGACCUCUUCCGCUGCCCACAACGGUAACUCUGACAGAAGAGACGAGACUCCAAUUAUAGCUGUGAUGGUGGCCCUGUCUUCCCUUCUAGUCAUAGUAUUUAUUAUUAUUGUGCUGUACAUGUUAAGGUUCAAGAAAUACAAGCAAGCAGGGAGUCACUCCAACUCCUUUCGAUUGUCCAACGGCCGGACGGAUGAUGCAGAGCCUCAGAGCAUGCCACUGCUCGCCCGCUCCCCCAGCACCAACCGUAAAUAUCCUCCUCUGCCCGUCGAUAAGCUGGAAGAGGAGAUCAACCGCCGGAUGGCAGAUGACAACAAGCUCUUUCGGGAGGAGUUCAACGCUCUCCCAGCGUGUCCCAUACAGGCCACGUGUGAAGCUGCUUCCAAGGAGGAGAACAAGGAGAAGAACAGAUACGUGAACAUUUUGCCCUAUGAUCAUUCCAGGGUUCACCUGACUCCUGUCGAGGGAGUUCCUGACUCCGACUACAUCAACGCCUCCUUCAUUAAUGGGUACCAAGAGAAAAACAAGUUCAUUGCUGCACAAGGACCAAAGGAAGAAACCGUGAACGAUUUUUGGAGGAUGAUUUGGGAGCAAAACACAGCAACAAUUGUCAUGGUGACCAACCUGAAAGAGAGGAAGGAGUGUAAGUGUGCUCAGUACUGGCCGGAUCAGGGCUGCUGGACGUACGGGAACAUCCGAGUGUCCGUGGAGGACGUGACCGUCCUGGUGGAUUACACCGUGCGGAAGUUCUGCAUCCAGCAGGUCGGCGACGUCACGAACAAGAAGCCUCAGCGUCUGGUGACUCAGUUCCACUUCACCAGCUGGCCUGACUUCGGGGUCCCCUUCACCCCCAUCGGGAUGCUGAAGUUCUUGAAGAAGGUGAAGACGUGUAAUCCCCAAUACGCAGGAGCAAUAGUAGUGCACUGCAGCGCCGGGGUAGGACGCACGGGCACUUUUAUCGUCAUCGAUGCCAUGCUGGACAUGAUGCAUGCGGAGAGGAAGGUGGACGUUUACGGCUUUGUGAGCCGGAUCCGGGCUCAGCGCUGCCAGAUGGUACAGACAGAUAUGCAGUAUGUGUUUAUAUACCAAGCACUUCUGGAGCACUAUCUCUACGGUGACACGGAGCUGGAGGUGACCUCGUUAGAGAUCCACCUCCAGAAGAUCUACAACAAAGUGCCAGGGACCAGCAGCAACGGGCUGGAAGAGGAGUUCAAGAAGCUCACUUCAAUCAAAAUUCAGAACGACAAGAUGAGAACGGGCAACUUGCCGGCAAACAUGAAGAAGAACAGGGUGCUUCAGAUAAUUCCAUAUGAAUUCAACCGAGUAAUCAUUCCAGUGAAGAGAGGUGAAGAGAACACAGACUACGUAAACGCAUCCUUCAUUGACGGUUAUCGCCAGAAGGACUCUUAUAUCGCCAGCCAAGGACCGCUGCAGCACACGAUAGAGGACUUCUGGAGGAUGAUCUGGGAGUGGAAAUCCUGCUCCAUAGUGAUGCUAACGGAGCUGGAGGAGAGAGGCCAGGAGAAGUGUGCCCAGUACUGGCCGUCUGAUGGCUCAGUGUCCUAUGGAGACAUCACUGUGGAGCUGAAAAAAGAGGAGGAGUGCGAGAGCUAUACGGUGCGGGACCUGCUGGUAACGAACACCAGGGAAAACAAGAGCCGACAGAUUCGGCAGUUUCAUUUCCACGGCUGGCCAGAAGUUGGGAUCCCCGGGGAUGGGAAGGGAAUGAUCAACAUCAUCGCGGCUGUGCAGAAGCAGCAGCAGCAGUCUGGCAACCACCCGAUCACUGUGCACUGCAGUGCCGGAGCAGGAAGAACAGGCACCUUCUGUGCGCUGAGCACUGUCCUGGAAAGGGUGAAGGCAGAAGGGAUUCUUGACGUCUUUCAGACGGUGAAGAGUUUAAGACUACAGAGGCCGCAUAUGGUGCAGACACUGGAACAGUACGAAUUCUGCUACAAGGUGGUGCAGGAAUAUAUCGACGCCUUCUCAGACUACGCCAACUUCAAGUGAAGAAAACAAAAAAUC